AUGUUCGGGAUCCGUACACCAAAGAAAAGGACUCAAGGAGGAGACAUAGAACGAAGCCCACCACAAAUUGUAGGACCAUCUCAGAAGGAACUACACGUCAUAAGCAAAGUGCGAAGAAGCAUUGGAGAGUGGGAAAAAGAUGGGAAGGACUCGGAUCCCGCAACUCAGGUACGGUUGACUAAGCAAAUCCCGGCUGUCCGUACAAAGCCAAUAGCUGGCUCUUCGACAAGUAGAACAUCAUUUGAAAGGGAAGGGGGCUCACCAGACAAGGUGGCUCCUAAGUACGCAGAUCGAGUUGCCGAGGCCAAAGCCUGCUUGAAUAAAGCCAAGCUCUACCUUAGCAAUUCCAGAAACUUGCGUACGGACAUAAAAAAUGAGGUCACACAGGCAAUUGACAGGCUCUACCAGCUGGUUAAGGAAGCGGAAGCAGAAAGGAAACAAAAAGAGGGAAGUCAGGGAAUCAACCAGGAUAAACAGGAUAAAGAGGAAAACCUAGAAAACAGGAUGGAGAGAGGGAGUGAAAAGGAAAUAGAAAUGAAAGAUAAGUGGCCUCCAAGGGACCUGCAAGCC